AUGCGCCCCGAAGUAGAACAGGAUCUCGCCCACACCCUGUUGGUGGAGCUCCUGGCCUACCAAUUCGCCUCGCCCGUACGAUGGAUCGAGACGCAGGAUGUCAUUCUCGGGGAGAAGACCACUGAGCGGAUAGUGGAGGUUGGCCCAGCAGACACACUGGGCGGAAUGGCAAAGCGGACACUUGCAGCAAAGUACGAGGCGUAUGAUGCCGCACGAUCGGUUCAGCGUCAGAUUCUGUGUUACAACAAGGAUGCCAAGGAUAUCUACUACGAUGUCGAUCCAGUCGAGGACGAGCCAGCGGCGCCAGCACCCAGUGGAGGCGAGAGUGCACCAGCCGCUCAGUCUACAGCUUCUGCGGCACCGGCAGCGCCCUCAGCUCCAGCACCAGCAAGCUCCGGUCCUGCGGCAUCAGUGCCAGAUGCUCCAGUAGGCGCUGUUGACAUUGUCCGGACACUGGUAGCGCAGAAGCUCAAGAAGCCCUUUGCCGACAUUCCUCUCGGCAAGGCCAUCAAAGAUCUGGUUGGAGGAAAAUCCACUCUCCAAAACGAGAUCCUCGGUGACCUUGGAAAGGAAUUCGGUUCGACACCAGAGAAGCCAGAGGACACUCCUCUCGAUGAGCUCGGUGCUUCAAUGCAGGCUACCUUCAAUGGCCAGCUGGGCAAACAAUCGACAUCCCUCAUCGCACGCAUGGUAUCAUCGAAGAUGCCAGGUGGUUUCAACAUCACUGCCGUACGAAAGCAUUUGGAAACAAGGUGGGGUCUUGGUCCCGGCCGACAAGAUGGUGUGCUGCUUCUCGCUUUGACCAGCGAGCCUGCAGCCCGUCUUGGUUCUGAGAACGACGCAAAAUCAUGGUUAGAUGAGGUCUCACAAAAGUACGCGGCGCAGGCAGGCAUCAGUCUCUCAACAGGACCGGCUGCUGGCGACAGUGGAGCAGCGKGCGGUGGCAUGAUGAUGGAUCCUGCGGCACUCGAUGCGCUUACCAAAGACCAGCGCGUUUUGUUCAAGCAGCAGCUUGAGCUGUUCGCUCGCUAUCUGAAAAUGGAUCUUCGCGCGGGCGACAAGGCUGCUCUCGCAACGAAGCAGAACGAAGCCGCUCUGCAAGCACAGCUCGAUCUCUGGAACACCGAGCAUGGCGAAUUUUAUGCUGCCGGAAUCGAGCCGUCAUUCACUCCUCUCAAGGCCCGUGUUUACGAUUCAUCCUGGAAUUGGGCACGACAAGACGCUCUCACCAUGUUCUACGAUAUCAUAUUUGGUCGUCUGAAGGCUGUCGAUCGAGAGAUUGUCUCUCGUUGUAUCCUCAUCAUGAACCGAUCAAACCCAACCCUUCUGGAUUUCAUGCAGUACCACAUCGAUCACUGCCCUACGGAGCGUGGCGAGACGUACCAGCUGGCCAAGGAACUCGGCCAGCAGCUCAUUGAGAACUGCCGCGAAGUUUUGAACGAGGCGCCCGUCUACAAGGAUGUCAACGUCCCAACGGCGCCAAGUCUCAAGAUUGACCCUCGUGGAAACAUGGACUACAAGGAAGCUCCACGUGCAAGUGUUCGCAAGCUUGAACACUAUGUUCAAGAGAUGGCCGAUGGUGGCAAGAUUUCCGAGUACGGCAACCGUACCAAGGUGCAGAACGACUUGCAGCGUGUGUACAAGCUCAUCCGCCAGCAGCACAAGCUUUCCAAGUCUUCGCAGCUUGAAAUCAAGUCGUUGUACAGCAACAUUGUGCGCUCUCUUUCCAUGAACGAGGGCCAAAUCAUGCCAACGGAGAGCUCCAAGCCCAGCGGUCACAUCAAAAAGGCUCGCAACGGCGGACGUACCACUGGUGCCCGCCCAAGCAAGCAAGGCAAGGUCGAGACUGUCCCCUUUUUGCAUCUCAAGCGUAAAGAGGAGCAUGGCUGGGAAUACAGCAAGAAGCUCACCAGUAUCUACCUUGAUGGCCUGGAGCAGGCCGCCAAGUCUGGUGUCACAUUCCAGAACAAGAAUGUUCUCAUGACUGGCGCUGGUGCUGGAUCCAUCGGUGCGGAUGUCCUCCAGGGUCUCAUCAGCGGUGGUGYCAAGGUGAUUGUCACCACUUCUCGCUUUUCUCGUGAGGUGACGGAGUACUACCAGGCGAUGUACGCCCGCUACGGCGCACGUGGAUCCCAACUGGUUGUCGUACCCUUCAAUCAGGGUAGCUUGCAGGAUGUCAACGCACUGGUGGAAUACAUUUAUGACGAGAAGAAGGGCCUCGGAUGGGACCUAGACUACGUUGUUCCCUUUGCUGCUAUCCCAGAGAAUGGUCGCGAGAUUGACAGCAUUGACAGCAAGUCGGAGCUCGCACACCGCAUCAUGCUCACGAACUUGCUUCGUAUGCUCGGAGCCGUCAAGUCACAAAAGGCAACUCGUGGGUUUGAGACCCGUCCGGCCCAAGUCAUUCUGCCGCUGUCUCCCAACCACGGCACUUUCGGUAACGAUGGUCUUUACUCCGAGUCCAAGCUGGCUUUGGAGACUCUGUUCAACAGGUGGCACUCUGAGAGCUGGGGCAACUUCCUCACUAUAUGCGGUGCUGUCAUCGGCUGGACUCGUGGCACUGGCCUCAUGGGCGGUAACAACAUCGUUGCUGAGGGUGUUGAGAAGUACGGAGUGCGCACCUUUUCGCAGCAAGAGAUGGCCUUCAACUUGCUGGGUCUGAUGUCGCCUGCCAUCUCCGACCUCUGCCAGACGGAGCCGGUGUUUGCCGAUCUCAACGGUGGCUUGCAAUUCUUGCCCAACCUGAAGGACCUCAUGACGAAGCUCCGUAAGGACAUCACUGAGACUUCCGAGAUCCGCAAGGCUGUCACCCGGGAGACAUCUGUCGAGAACAAGAUUGUCAAUGGCGAGGACAGCGAAGCCCUGUACAAGACUGUCAAGGUCGAGAAGCGUGCCAACCUGAAGUUUGACUUCCCCAACCUGCCAGACUGGGACAAGGAGGUUGCGCCUCUGAACGACAACUUGAAGGGCAUGGUUGAUCUUGAGAAGGUCGUCGUUGUUACAGGAUUCGCAGAGGUCGGACCAUGGGGUAACUCGAGGACCCGAUGGGAGAUGGAGGCGUACGGCCACUUCUCCUUGGAGGGAUGUGUCGAGAUGGCUUGGCUCAUGGGUCUCAUCAAGAACCACAACGGCCCACUCAAGGGCCAGUCCUACUCCGGCUGGGUCGAUGCCAAGACUGGAGAGCCAGUCGAUGACAAGGACAUCAAGCCCAAGUACGAGAAGCACAUCCUCGAGCACUCUGGUAUUCGUCUCAUCGAACCGGAGCUUUUCCACGGCUACGACCCAAACAAGAAGCAGCUCAUGCAGGAGAUCCAGAUUGAAGAGGAUCUUGACCCAUUCGAGUCUGCCAAGGAGACUGCCGAAGAGUUCAAGCGUGAGCACGGCGACAAGGUCGAAGUCUUCGAGCUGGAGUCUGGCGAGUUCCAGGUUCGCCUGAAGAAGGGUGCCACUCUGCUUAUUCCCAAGGCUCUUCGCUUCGACCGCCUGGUCGCCGGUCAAAUUCCAACUGGUUGGGAUGCCAAGCGCUACGGAAUUCCAGACGACAUCAUCUCUCAGGUUGACCCAGUCACAUUGUACGUGCUUGUCACGACCGCUGAGUGUCUCAUGUCAUCUGGUAUCACCGAUCCGUACGAGUUCUACAAGUAUGUCCACAUCUCGGAGGUUGGAAACUGCAUCGGUUCCGGUAUUGGUGGAACUACGGCCCUUCGUGGAAUGUACAAGGACCGCUUCCUAGACAAGCCACUGCAGAAGGACAUWCUACAGGAGUCCUUCAUCAACACUAUGAGCGCAUGGGUGAACAUGCUGUUGAUGUCGUCAACUGGUCCCAUCAGGACUCCCGUCGGUGCGUGCGCUACUGCUGUUGAGUCCAUUGACAUUGGAUAUGACUGCAUUGUGGAAGGCAAGGCACGCAUGUGCUUUGUGGGUGGUUUCGAUGACUUCCAGGAGGAAGGCUCCUACGAAUUCGCCAACAUGAAGGCCACCAGCAAUGCCGAGGACGAGUUUGCGCAUGGUCGUACGCCAAAGGAGAUGUCCCGCCCAACUACCACUACCCGCAGCGGAUUCAUGGAAUCUCAGGGUUGCGGUAUGCAGGUCAUCAUGGACGCGAAGCUGGCACUCGACAUGGGCGUGCCAAUCUACGGUGUUCUCGGCUUCACUGCCACGGCCACUGACAAGAUCGGUCGCUCCGUGCCAGCCCCAGGACAGGGUGUGCUCACCUCUGCCCGCGAGCAGCCUUCCAAGUUCCCAUCGCCGCUUCUUGACAUCAAGUACAGGAAGAGACAGAUGGAUAUGCGCCGCAAGCAGAUCAAGAGCUGGCAGGAGUCUGAGCUCAUGUACCUCCACGAAGAAGUCUCGGCCAUGAAACAGUCUGGCAGCGAGUUUAACGAGUCAGAGUACAUGCAAGACCGCGCCAACCACAUCGAGCGUGAGGCCGAAAGGCAGGUGAAGGAGGCUCAGCAGAGCUUUGGCAACAACUUCUGGAAGCAAGAUUCACGCAUCGCGCCACUACGUGGAGCUCUCGCUACUUGGGGUCUGACUAUCGACGACCUCGACGUUGCCUCCUUCCAUGGAACAUCUACCGUCGCCAACGACAAGAACGAGUCUGAUGUCAUUUGCCAGCAGAUGAAGCAUCUCGGUCGCAAGAAGGGUAAUGCAUUGAUGGGCAUCUUCCAGAAGCACUUGACAGGUCACCCCAAGGGUGCUGCCGGUGCAUGGAUGUUCAACGGCUGCCUGCAGGUCCUGAACACUGGUCUUGUUCCCGGUAACAGAAACGCAGACAAUGUCGACAAGGUUAUGGAGAAGUUCGAUUUCAUCGUCUAUCCCAGCCAGAGCAUCCAGACCGAUGGCAUCAAGGCUUUCUCAGUCACCUCCUUCGGUUUUGGUCAGAAGGGUGCACAGGCUAUCGGUAUUCACCCCAAGUACUUGUAUGCUUCCCUUGACCAGGCACAGUUCCAGACAUACAAGCAAAAGGUCGAAGCUCGUCAGAAGAAGGCCUACCGAUACUACCAUGACGGUCUCAUCAACAACACCAUGUUCCGCGCCAAGAGCAAGUCGCCUUACGAGGAUGCCCAGCAGAGCAAGGUCUUCCUCAACCCUGACGCUCGUGUCACCGYUGACAAAAAGACCGCCGAGUACACGUACCCGCAGGUUCCUGUCAAGAAGGUCCAGAACAAGGGCACAACUGAGAUGGUCGAGUCGCUGAUUGCAGCGAAUGCAUCCACCAAUUCCAACCCUGGAGUCGACAUUGAGCAGAUUGAUGCACUGGACAUCACCAACGAGACAUUCAUCGAAAGGAACUUUACGGAUGCAGAGAUUGCCUACUGCCGCAAGGCACCCUCUCCCCAGGCAAGCUUCACUGGUAAGUGGAGUGCCAAGGAGGCCGUCUUCAAGAGCUUGAAGGUGGCUAGCCGUGGUGGCGGUGCCGCGAUGAAGGACAUUGAAAUCUCCAAUGAUGAGUCGGGUGCGCCGACCGUGAUUUUGCACGGUGACGCAAAGGCUGCUGCUGAGCAGUCUGGCGUGAAGUCUACGACUGUGAGCAUCAGUCACAGCGACGCGCAGGUUAUCGCUGUCGCGCUUUCGGUAUUUUAG